AUGUCUCCGCCAAAUUUUCCUCUCCGUUGGGAGAGUACCGGCGAUCAAUGGUGGUAUGCAUCGCCGAUAGAUUGGGCUGCAGCGAAUGGUCAUUAUGAUUUAGUUCGCGAAAUGCUUAGAAUUGAUAGUAAUAAUUUGUUCAAACUCACUUCCCUACGCCGAAUCAGGCGUCUGGAAGUAGUUUGGGAUGAUGACGAAGAACUCUUCAACAAUGUAGCCAAGUUUCGAUCGCAAAUAGCACAUAAACUUCUUUUAGAAAGUGAGUCCAAAAAAGGGAAGAAUUCUUUGAUCAGGUCAGGCUAUGGCGGGUGGCUAAUGUACACGGCUGCAUCCGCCGGAGACGUGAACUUUGUUCAAAUACUUCUUGAGAGGAAUCCAUUGUUGGUUUUUGGUGAAGGAGAAUAUGGUGUUACUGAUAUACUUUAUGCUGCUGCUAGAAGCAAGAAUUGUGAGGUUUUCAGGUUACUUUUCGAUUAUGCAGUCUCGCCGAGAUUUGUUAAUGGUAGAAAUGGGAUUGUUGGGGAGAUUCCUCAUGUUUAUAGAUUGGAAAUGAUUAAUAGAGCUGUUCAUGCUGCGGCUAGAGGCGGUAAUUUGAAGAUUUUGGAGGACCUUCUUGCAAAUUCUGAUGAUAUUUUGGCUUUUAGAGAUGCUCAUGGUUCAACUGUUUUGCAUGCUGCUGCUGCUAGAGGGAAACUUGAGGUAGUUAAAUAUCUUGCAUCAUCCUUUAACAUAAUCCUCAACUCAACAGAUCAUCAAGGAAACACUGCAUUACAUAUAGCCGCUUCGCGAGGCCAAUUAUCAGCCGCUAAUGCUCUAAUCGCUUCGUCUCCAUCACUAAUCUCUCAAAGAAACAACUCAGGAGCAACUUUUCUCCACAAAGCUGUUUCCGGUUUCCAAACGCCUGCAUUCCGAAGAUUUGACCGACAAGUCGAGCUUCUAAGAAACUUAUUAACCACAAAUCGCUUUCACAUCGAACACAUCAUCAAUCUCAAGAACAAUGACGGAAGAACAGCGCUGCAUAUGGCGAUCAUAGAUAUCUUGAUCAAGAAACUGUUAUCGGCUGGUGGAAUGUUCAGUUUUAGAGGCCAUGAUUCGAGAAAAGCUAUAGCUUCGCAUUUGAGAAUGCAAAGUAAUAUAGGAACUAGUCCAGGCACGAUGUUUCGAUUACAAGACUCAGAAAUAUUUUUAUACACCGGAAUCGAAAACGUGUUGUCAAAUCAUCAUCGCGGAAUCAUUGGAGCGAGCAAUUCGUCUUCGUCCGAAAACAUUCCUUAUGAACCAUCAACCAAUGAGAGUUCUAGUAAGAAAAUAAGUUCUGUUAACUAUGCAGCAUCAAGGUUGAAAAAAGCACUUCAGUGGAGUACUAAAACAAAAGAGAAGAAAAAAGUCGAAAGAUCGAAGAAAUUAUCAAAUGAUGAAGUUUCGUUGGAUUCAUCAUGCAAGAAAUUGAGUACUAAUAGUGUUGAUGAAGUUUCACUUAGACAAAGAUUUUCUUCAGCUUCUUCUUCAAAGCCCAACACGAUUCCAACCAACAAAAGAACACUUUCGGUUAGGAGUUAUCAAUCGAGUCCUAAUGCUAAGAAGAGAUUCGCCUCGGGAAGAUCAAGAUCAAGUUCGUUUUCAAAAUCAUCAUUUUCUUCGCCGAAAUCAUUUGAUUAUAAACAAAAAGGUGUUUAUAUCGAUCACAACGAAAUUGUUGCUGGACCAUCUUGCUUGAAUCAACAACUACCUCGUCAUGAUGACGAUAAUGGUGACGAAUCGCCGAAAUUGGUUAAGAAAAAUUCUGUUAGCAGGAAGUUGAAGGGUCACUAUUUCUGUUUUGGUGCACCUGGUCUUAAUGUGAAGAAUUCAGUUCAUAAAGCAAGUGCUGUUGCUGUGGCUUAA